CUGCUCGCGCCGCUGCGGCCGCUGCCCUCCCGGGGCCGGACGGUGCUGCGACCACCGCCCAGCAUGGGGCUUGACGAGGCGGAGAUAGGCGACACAUGGUUUACGUCGUUCGACUCCAAGGGCGAGGACGGCCUCGCCCCGGACGGCACGUUCCCGCCGGGCGAGGACCUCGUGGAGCGCGAGAUGCGGCGGCUGUUCAACGUCGACGGCGACGACGAGGAGUUUGCGGCGGAUGAGAUCGACGAGCUCAAACUCAUGAUGAGGCUCCGGAAGGAGCUCGGCGAGGAGGACUACGCGCGCAUCUUUGACCAGCACAAGGUGCGCGGGCACGACGUCUGGGGCGACCGACGAGUCUGACGCCUGUCCGCGGGCGCUUGGGCAGCUGUGCGGCUUUGGCGCUGCGAGCAGCUGCAGUGGCAUGACCUUGUGGAGGCGGUGUUUCGGGCUUUUGUUUCGGGCUGUUGUGGACCAUGUGGCGAGGAGGGGCCGGAGGAGAGGCGGCGGUGGGGGAGGGGACCACCGGCGCUGUACGGUGAGCGGCGGACGAGGUGGGCGAGGGCCGUGCGGAGCGGCGGAGCGAGGGCGGCAUGUUGUGGCUGGAUUCUUGGCGGUGGGGAGCUCUGCUCGGCUCUCGCGUUUGGAUCGCGCGCGGCGCCGCGCGCGGUGGUGCCCGGGGCAUGCCUUUUCGCGUUUGCACGACCUUGUACGUUACAACACACACA